UUUGUGAAACUGGUAGUUUGUUUGGCUCCCGAGGAAGAGAAAUUGACUGGUCGCAAUCCCCUUGAUUUCCCCAUUGAGUGGGAGAGGCCUGAGCCUGGGCGUAGACCUGACAUAUUUCCUCAAUUUAGCCCUAUGAAAACACCAUUACCACCACCAAUGCCAUAUGAUCCUCCUGAAGAAGAUGAAGAAACGAAAGAGGAAGAGGAAGAUCCUGAAAAGGAAGAAGAACCAGAGAAUCCUGAAAAACUGUCCUGAGAAACAAAACUCAAUAUUUGGUAGGUUUGUGAACGGCCAAAACUCCAGCCCGGUUCAAUUUGGUUGUAUUCAGUUUCCAAUGGUGGCUACCACUUGCUUAUUCGCUUAGUAUGUAUAGAAUGGAUGGAAUGUUAGUCAUCCAUUUUUGCAGUGUGAGUGGUAUAUAUAUUGAGAACUUGAAAUUAAAUGAUGUCAAGUUCUGGAAUUUGAGAUUUUGAGUGCAGUGAAAGGGUUAGGACUUAAUGGAUGAAAAAGAAAAGAAAAGGGGUCACUAUUGGUGGUUAUCUUGAUGAGAAAAUUGGACGUGUAAUGGAUGGUAGAUUUGGAUUCUCAGUGAAAUGCUGCUUUUCAUGCAUCUAUGAUGUGAAUCAUUCGAUAUCGUCUUGUGCAAGUAGUUGGAAUGUUUUGUUAUUAAAAAUUCAUUAACCCACAUCUUAUGAUUUAAGUCUUGCUAGAGCUGCCACAGGGAUAUACUGAGAUGAUCUUAGAUCACAGCCCAAGCCCCCAGAAUGGAGUUUGCUUG